AUGAGACUGCAAGCCACUCCUUGGGAGGUUCGCGCGGCUGCGAAGCGGGCGAGCACGCUUGAGAAGAUCCCGCCGGAAUGGCGACUGACGCCGGCGCAACUGGCCGAAGCCGCGAAUCAGCGUGACCUUACCGGGCCCUUCAUUCAGAAAUUCCUCAGUGCUGAGGAUGUCGCCAUCGUCACGAAGGACAGCGUGGAGAUCGUCAAGGACAUCAAGGCCAAGAAGCUCAGCGCUUUGCAGGUCACCACGGCUUUCUGCAAGACCGCCGCUGUUGCCCACCAAAUCAACAAUUGUCUGCAUGAGAUCUUCUUCGACCAGGCACUCGCCCGGGCGAGGGAGCUGGACGCCUACUACGCGGACAAGGGUGAAACCAUGGGUCCCCUUCACGGACUCCCCGUCAGUUUGAAGGACCAGUUCCACGUCAAGGGAGUCGACACGACCAUGGGCUACGUUGGCUGGAUCGGCAGUAACCUGGGCAUCAAGGACCCGAGCCAGGCGCACCAGGUCGAGAGCCAGAUCACCACCGAGCUGCUCUCCCUCGGCGCCGUGCUCUUCUGCAAGACCAGCCUGCCACAGACGCUGCUCUUCGGCGAGACGAAGAACAACAUCAUCGGCCAGACGAUGAACCCGCACAACCAGAACCUGUCGUGCGGCGGCUCGUCCGGCGGCGAGGGCGCGCUGAUGGCCCUCCGGGGCAGCACGCUGGGCCUGGGCACUGACAUCGGCGGCUCCGUCCGCAUCCCGGCCGCCUUCAACGGCAUCUUCUCGCUCAAGCCGACCCCUGAGCGCCUCUCGUACCGCGACGCGGCCAACACCAACCCGGGCCAGAACACGUACCGCUCGACCGUCGGCUUCUUGAGCACCUCGCUCGGGGGGCUGGUGCUGGCGUUGCGGUCGGUGCUCUCCACCCGUCCGUGGGAGCGAGACCCGGCUGUGGUCCCGAUUCCUUUCCGCCAGACGACUUUUGACGAGUACCGUGCCCGUGCCGGCAGCGAUGGCAAGGCAAAGCCCUCGGAGCGGCCGCUAAAGCUGGGUGUUUUCUGGACUGACCGAACCGUGGGCCCGCACCCUCCCAUUUUGAGAGGCCUCCGUGAAGUUGUCGACGCUGUAAGACAUGCAGGACAUAAGGUUGUCGACUGGGAGCCGCCUCUCCAUGCGACCGCCAGGAGAAUCCAUUUUGCAUUCCUCAUGGCCGACGGUGCAGAUGACGUCCAAAGCCACCUUGCCCUGUCAGGCGAGCCUCUCGUUCCGGAAAUCGCGGGAGACUUCCAGCCAAGAGCGCCGCUGCCUCUGUUAGAGUACCAGAAGCUCACGUUAGAGGGCCUCGAGUACGAGGCAGCCUACUCGGACUACUGGAACUCGACCGCAGCGGACGAUGGCCAGAUCGUGGACGCCGUGAUCAUGCCGGUGGCCCCGCAUGCUGCGGUAAUUCCGGGGCAGUACCAUCACGUUCACUAUACCGAGGCCAUCAACCUGUUGAAUUACAGCGCGGCUGUUAUUCCCGUCACGAAGGCGGACAAGUCCCUCGACGCCUUCGACAGCUCUUACCAGCCGCUGAACCCGGUGGACAAGUUGAACUGGGAAUCCUACGAUCCAGAACUCUACCAUGGUGCCCCCGUAGGCGUGCAGCUCGUCGCCCGGAAGUUUGAAGAAGAGAAGAUCCUGGCCAUCGCAGACAUUGUCACAGCAGCACUGACGACAUAUCGCAAGAAGUGA